CCCGUACUACAAUAAACUUUGGCCAGCUUCAUGCUGCUGCUGUUUGUUGUGGCUCCAAAAAAGGAUGGCUGCUGGGAGGGCCUGUUAUGUUUCGCGGAGGAGGAUGUGCGCCACCGGGGGACGUCUGCGUGCGCCUGCACUCGGAGAACCUCUGAACCCUUCACCUACAGCUCGGACAGGCAUCCCACUUGCACACGCCGUGCAGUCCCAGCUAUGUGUGUGUCUGGGGCACAUGUCAGUUCGCGUGAGGGCAGGAUGGCUUACUAUUGACAUGAUCAAUGAGAUCAGCGUGAGUGCUUCAGUUACUGAUUACAAGUGAUGAAAGUCGGUGAUAAGACUUUGGCUUCAGGCACAAAGUCCUACUGGUAACAGUGAUCUAGCCGCUUGGAUCCUUCACACUUGGCUAUCAGUGCGUCACAGGGCUUUUGCUGUUGUUAUUCUGCUUUUCUGUCACAAGUCGAGCCCAGAGCAGCAUCAUGAGUGUAGAGUCCAAAAAACCACGCGAGACAUGUUGCUCCAAGCUCAAGUUGUUCCUGUUCUCCCUGGCGUUUAUGUAUUUUUCCAAAGCUUUUGGUGGAGCGUACAUGAAGAGCUCCAUCACCCAGAUCGAGAGACGCUUCGACAUUCCCAGCUCUCUGAUUGGGGUCAUCGAUGGCAGUUUUGAAAUGGGGAACUUGUUGGUAAUCGCCUUUGUGAGCUACUUUGGUGCAAAGCUCCAUCGGCCCAGGCUGAUUGGUAUCGGCUGUUUGAUCAUGGCCACCGGGUCCUUUAUCAUCGCGCUGCCGCACCUCCUACAGGGACCGUACAAAUAUGAGACCAGCAUGUCCCACAACACUCAAGUCAACAGCACUGAAAACAUCCUGCCCUGCUUGUCCAACCACAGCCUGACCGAGAAGGAGGAUGACAUCCCUGAUGUAGCGGCCGUGAAAGCUUGUGAAAAGGCAGCUGGCUCGUCCAUGUGGAUCUACGUUUUCCUGGGAAACAUGCUGCGUGGAAUUGGAGAGACUCCCUCCAUGCCGUUGGGAAUAUCCUAUCUGGAUGACUUUUCUAGACAGGAGAACACUCCUUUCUAUUUGGCCUGCAUCUACACAACAGGAAUGCUGGGCCCUAUGAUCGGGUUCAUGCUGGGGUCGUACCUAGCCAAGACCUACGUGGACAUUGGAUUCGUCGACUUGGAGAGCAUCACCAUCACCUACAAGGACUCUCGCUGGGUGGGAGCCUGGUGGCUUGGCUUCAUCGUGAAUGGCGCGUUGCUUCUGCUGUCCAGCAUCCCGUUCUUCUUCUUGCCCAAGUCUUUGCCCAAACAGGGAGAGGAAGACGGCAGCGACAAAAGCACAGAGCUGUCCUCUUUGCCAGAACAGGUGAACUUCCUACCAGACGAGAACCAGGAUGGUGAAGACAAACAGAGCUCAGUCACAUUUAAAGAAAUGGUUAAAGAUUUUAUUCCUUCGCUGAGAAGACUGUUCAGGAACAGCAUCUACUCAAUGAUAAUCCUCACCAACCUGGUUGCAGUCAACGGCUUUGUUGGCAUGAUCACCUUCAAACCAAAGUUCAUGGAGCAGAUCUACGGCCAGGCGGCGUCCAGGGCCAAUUUUCUCAUAGGCAUUAUGAACCUGCCCGCAGUCGCUCUGGGUUUCAUCACUGGUGGUUUUGUCCUGAAGCGUUUUAAACUGGGUGUCGUUGGAGCGGCCAGAGUGUCCAUCUCUGCAUCUCUCGGAGCCUUUUGCAUGCUUUCCCUUCAGGGUUUCUUUCACUGCGACAACGCAGAGGUGGCUGGUUUAACUGUUGCGUAUCAAGGAUAUCAACAAGUAUCCUACGAUCCCUCGACGCUGUUGGCUCCGUGCAACACGGGCUGCUCCUGCUCACUGAAGCACUGGGAUCCAGUGUGCGCCUAUAAUGGCAUAACAUAUGCCUCCCCCUGCCUGGCUGGAUGUCAGACCUCCACUGGAACAGGCAAAGCAAUGGUGUUCCAUAACUGCAGCUGCAUUGACACUUCCAUGAUUGCUGCUGCGAACAUGUCUGCUGUGCUGGGUCAGUGUCCCAGGAGGACUGACUGUGACAGCAAAUUUAAAAUCUACAUGGCUUUGUCUGUGUUGGGAGCCUUCAUUUCUGCCUGUGGGGGCACACCGGGAUAUAUUGUACUGCUGAGGUCCAUCCAGCCGGAUCUAAAGUCUCUGUCCUUGGGCAUGCAGACACUGAUUGUAAGAACUCUAGGUGGGAUCCCUCCACCGAUAUAUUUUGGAGCACUGAUUGACCAGACAUGUUUGAAGUGGGGCACCAAGCAAUGUGGAGGACGUGGAGCAUGUAGACUUUACGAUUCCAAUGCAUUUAGAUUGACCUUCUUGGGACUGACUAUUGGACUCUGCAUCGUAGCCAACAUGCUGUGGGGAGUCCUCUACAUGAAAAUAGUUAAGAGACAGAAAAAACUAGCGUUGAGAGACCAAACCAAAGAGAAAGGAGUGGAGGGUAACAGACUAAGCAAUGGACAUGCUAACAUCAGCAUUGUUAAAAACAAAGAAGACACAAACAACGAGAGCAUUAUUUAACAAGUUGCAAGAAGGUCAAGUUAUUGCGUAAUGAAAACAAACCCUUGUGUUCAGUCCCAAACUGGACCCUAUAAAGUAAUGGUACAGUGCCAGCGCUAUCUGGAUGGCUAGCAGUAUCCUUCUUUGCCUUUUUUCCCUUUUACUGUUUAUAAAGAAAGAAGACUCUCUCAUCCUCUUCAAAUGUUAUAGAACUCGACUACAGCAGUCAUAUAGCAUAAAAAGACAUUUUGGACAGUACUAGGUGGGUCAAGAAAAUCAUGGUGAUCUUUAGGAAUUCAGCUAAAAGUUUUUAAAGCUUUUAGCUUGUGUCUAGGGUUGGAACGGGCUCGGUAGUAGGCUGAGUAAUGUAAGAAAGGUCUCCGAUUAGGCAUUAUAUAUACUAUAUGUAUAUAUGUAAAUGUGACAGUUUAAACUGUAUUAUAGCUGAAGUGAGUAAGUGGUAUGUGAUUUCAUAACAUUAUUUAGCACUACGAGGUUUUGAGAUUGAGUUUCAGAGGCUAUUUUGUGCUUGCACAUUUUCUCGAGGAAAAAAUUGUAUGUUAACGCAAAAUUGUACAACAUGAUGGUAUUUUUUUUACAUAACAUGUUUGUUGGCAUUAUUGGGAGAUGAAAGUCCAAUGCUUUUCCCAGGUCUGCACUAUGUGAAAGCCAGUUGGACUUUCAAAAACAGUAUAGGAGUGAGAAUGGGUAGCAUUGUGCUGUCCAAAGACCCUUCUUUCUGACAGCUGCUCUGCUGAAUUACACAUUACUGUUAGUAAAACUAAGGUUACAUGUAUCUCAGUGUUAAGUCCAAGAUGUCAAACUUGACUUUCUAUAGUCAUGAGGUCAAGCUGGUACAUCUUGCUUGCUGUAGUUUUACGAACUUAACUUGGCUAAUUUAGCUGGUUUGAACAGAUCUGUUUGAAACUAGCACAACGUUUACAAAGAAGGCAUGAGAGUAGUCAAUGCUGUAAUGACUUGCUCAGAAAAAAACUGAUCAGUACUCAGUGGUGCGCACAAUCGCACUAAUCUGCAAACAGAUAAUUGUGGAGCUAACUUUUCGUUCAUUGCAUUGUUAACGCUAACUUUAGAAACUGUUUGCAGACCAGCUGGCAUCAACUUUAUUGGGUUUUGAUACCUGUAAAAACUAUAACAACAUUCACACAAGACAUUCAUCUUGUGUGAAAGACAAACAUCCAGCUACGAGCAAGGGUGAAUCUGUAAGUUAAUGAGUCAGCUCAGUGGAGCUAAAGCGUAGACAAGUCAGUGAGUUAAUGAGUCAACUCGAGGCAGUUCGGGUCGAGACGAACCAUUGAGUUAUUGGUUCAACUCCGCAGCAGCAUGCUUGCUGGCGGGAGAACCCAUUCAUUUCCAGAAAGCCUGAUGCCUGCUCUCUGUGGUCUGUUCCUGUAGUCUGAGCGACAGCAUAGAAAGAAAAUAGUCAGGUAAUAAUUAUGCCAAUACAUUUUUAGCUUGUUCUAUGGUUUAUUGUGUAGAUAAAUUACAACUUUAUGGUAUAAGUCACUUCAGUUUGCAUGCUUCAGUGCAAAAAGCUAUUUUUUUGCCAUAUCUAAAACAAUAGAAAAAUUAUGUAAUUUUAAAAAAAAAAUUUUUAUCUCCAAUGGACAACAUUAAAUACUGUUACACUACAGCGGGUAACUGACUCAAUAACUCAAAAAUGUUGAGACUUUGGUGAGUGACUCAUAAAGGGAAUCAUAUUUAUAGGUCGCUUUGGGGUCUUCAGACAACUAAUGGCAGGUGCAUUUAAUUAAGAGUGUAACCAAGAUUACUGGGUUUGUCCCCCCGGCACUGCAUGAGGUGGAAGGAGACUGGACUCGGAGCUAGACUUUUAGGUCGCCGUAUGACUCAGUGGGACUGUUAUUUUUCACACACUUCCAUUACAAAACACCGGCACCUCCUGCCUACCCUAUGGCAAUUCCGAAGCUGCAUUCCUCAAGCAAAAAGGAAACCAAUUUUUAUUUAUGCCUUGUAAAAGUUCACGUUUAAAAGUCAUUUAUGUUGAACUAAAACAGCAAUCCCAUCAAACAUGCAGCGCUGCGCAUGUUCAUCAUGUGCCGUGUGUGCGUGCAGCAUCUUUUGUCUGAAGACGUGUGACACAGACUGAGUGGCAGCUGUUGAUUAGUGGUUGCCGGCUAGCGUUAGCUUCCUCCAAUUUCCUUACUUAUCAUCGGUUGAACAGAAGUAAAGCUAAUAUUUCUGGUUACGGAAUAUGAGCUUGUGAAGUUAAUUUUUGAUUAGCUGCGCCCACCACACUAGUAUGUUUUUUUUAAAUGAAGAACAAAGCCCCAGGGUUAUGUGAAAUUGUUAAAAAAUUGUCCCUAGAAAGCCUUAGGGUUUAUUUUUUUUAGGUUAAAGUUUUGAGUUGUAGUAACAACUAGGUCUUAGUUUUUGUUUUCUUUUAAACACUAAAAAAGAUAUCGGGGAAUCGUUUUGGUCACUGUCUAUGUUGAAGGCAGGUUUGAGUUUCAAUAUGUUUUAUGACUUGAUCCCGUUUUCUUACCUGUUAAAUGCUUUUUUCUAAGUUUACGAGGGUGUGUAAGUAUAGUGCAUUAUGCUUUUUGUUACAAUGCAUCACUUUGUUGUUCACUUAAAAGGUCAUGAGCAAAAACGUCUUCUAGAUUAAAAGUAUAGUGGACAAUCUUUUUUUCAGCUUCCGGGGGAUCAUCUUAUCUAUUGGUUGUCCAACAUGUCAGUCACUGUCAUGUGCUCACCUAACGCCAAUGUGUGUGCACGUUCCUAUCUAGUUUCCUCUUGCUGCAAAUGUGCACUUCUAGUGUUUAUGUGUCCACUGGGCUUUGGCCACAGCCAUUCUGGAAACUAGUGGGUUCAAACUUUGAAUUGGUAAUGUAUAUGGUUCAUAAAGUUAGGGGCUAUGAUGCCUAUUAUUGUCACAUAUUAUUGUACCUGUGAAGAUAAUUCAAUAAAUCUAAGGCUUCAAGGA